AUGGCAUCAACUGCUCCCAAUGAACAAUUUCCAUCCUGCGUACGAUGCAAAGAAUUUAUUACCACGGGGCAUGCAUAUGAGUUGGGUUGUGAUAGAUGGCACACACAUUGUUUCGCUUGUUACAAAUGUGAGAAACCAUUAAGCUGCGAAUCUGAUUUUUUAGUCCUUGGAACAGGUGCUUUGAUCUGCUUUGAUUGUUCCGAUUCUUGUAAAAAUUGCGGUAAAAAGAUUGAUGAUUUGGCCAUAAUACUGUCCUCUUCAAAUGAGGCCUAUUGUUCAGAUUGUUUUAAAUGCUGUAAAUGUGGUGAAAAUAUUGCUGACCUACGGUACGCGAAAACCAAGCGAGGUUUAUUCUGUUUAAGCUGUCACGAAAAGCUAUUAGCCAAACGAAAAUACUACGAAGAGAAGAAAAGGCGACUCAAAAAGAAUUUACCAAGUUUACCCACACCUGUGAUUGAUAAUGGCCAUACUGAUGAGGUCUCAGCUUCUGCAGUCCUCCCAGAAAAAACAUUUAGCAGACCUGCAUCACUAGUUAAUGAGAUUCCUUCAGGUUCUGAACCUUCCAAGGACAUAGAAACCAAUUCGAGUGAUAUUGUUCCGCAUUUUAUCACUGGGUAUAACGAUAGCGAUGACAACUCUGGAAGUUCAAAAUUCGGUUCAAAUGUGUCCAUAGAUGUUAUAGGACCGGAAGAAAAUAGCACGGAGCAUGUAAAUGAUGAUGUUAAAGAGGAAGCAGAAGCACCUUCAGCGAAUAUGUCACUCAAUGUUGCUACGGAUCCAACCCUAAGUUGUAAAGAACCUCCUAGCCAUUCGAGGAAUUUGUUAAAUAAAACACCGUUGAGAAAUUCUUCGGGUCAGUAUCUCGCAAAAUCUCCAAGCUCCUAUAGACAGGGAAUAAUUGUUAACGAUAGUCUGGAAGAGAGCGAUCAAAUUGAUCCUCCAAAUAACAGUUCACGAAAUGCAAGUGAAUUGUUGACCUCGGUAUUGCAUAGCCCAGUUUCUGUUAAUAUGAAAAAUCCGAAGGGUUCAAAUACGGAUAUUUUCAACACCGGUGAAAUAUCCCAAAUGGAUCCUUCGCUAUCAAGGAAAGUAUUGAAUAAUAUUGUCGAAGAAACAAACGCACUUCAAAGGCCAGUUGUUGAAGUUGUCAAGGAAGACAGAAGUGUUCCUGACCUAGCAGGUGUUCAGCAAGAGCAAGCAGAGAAAUAUUCCUAUUCAAACAAUAGUGGAAAAGGCAGAAAAAUUUCAAGAUCAUUGUCACGAAGGUCCAAAGAUUUGAUGAUUAAUCUAAAAUCCAGAGCCACAGGCAAACAGGAUAGUAACGUUAAACUUUCACCUGCUUCUAAAGUGACAUCUAGACGCUCACAAGAUUUAAUGAGGGAUAAUGAUUCACAUACCGGCCUUGACACACCAAAUUCUAACAGCACUUCUUUAGAUAUUUUGGUGAAUAAUCAAAAAAGCCUAAACUAUAAAAGAUUUACCGAUAAUGGCACUCUUAGGGUGACUAGUGGAAAGGAAACCGCCCUUGAAGAACAGAAGAAUCACAGUUUUAAAUCUCCGUCACCAAUUGAUCAUUUGUUACAAUCGCCAGCUACACCAAGUAAUGUAUCCAUGUAUCGAACUCCGCCUUUAGAUAGCUCAUUGACAUUUGAUAGGCGGAAUGGGUCUUCAUACAGUAACCAAAAUUAUAGCAUACCUAGUUGGCAGAAAACUCCAAAGACCCAAUUGGAGAAUAGCGACAAUUUUGAGGAACAGAAGGAAACACUUUACGAAAAUAGCGAAUCUAGAAACGAUCCCUCGCUUGAUAAAGAAAUUGUCACGGCAGAGCACUAUCUGAAGCAAUUAAAAAUAAAUUUGAAAGAACUUGAAUCUCAAAGGGAAGAAUUAAUGAAAGAGAUCACUGAAAUGAAGUCUAUGAAAGAGGCUCUACGCCGACAUAUUGAAUCCUAUAAUAGCGAGAAAAAUAAACUAUAUCUUGACUCCAAUGAAUUAUCAAAUAAUCCACCGAUGAUAAAUGAAAUCAGCUUAGGUGAGUCGCCACCCGUGAAACAUGUUGCAACUGCAAGUUCUGUAGCGCGAAGUUCUGUUAAACCAAAAUUUUGGAAGUUUUUUUCAUCUGCAAAGCCACAGACCGAGCAAUCUAUACAAGGUGUCAGUACAAAUAAUACAAAUUCCAUCGUUAAAAGUGCCCCAGUUUUGCUUUCUGCUCCCUCAUCUGGUAGUAAUUCCGGCCGUUUAGAAAUUUCACCACCUGUGCUACAAAAUCCUAAUGAAUUUAGUGACGUUAGAUUAGUACCUAUCGAGAACGAUGCAAAUAUGGGACAAAGUAAAGAUGGAGAAGAAUAUUUGGAUGGAAGCAAUUUGUAUGGUUCAAGUCUCGUUGCUAGGUGCAAUUAUGAAAACAAUGAAAUACCGAUGAUACUAUCUGUCUGCAUAGAUUUUAUUGAAUCAGACGAAGAAAAUAUGAGAUCGGAGGGCAUUUAUAGAAAAUCAGGUUCCCAGCUAGUCAUAGAAGAAAUAGAAAAGCAAUUUUCUGCAUGGAAAGUACAACAAAAUACCGAAACGCCAAAUAUUUUAACGGAACAAGAUCUCAACGUUGUUACUGGUGUGUUGAAGCGAUACUUAAGAAAGCUCCCCAACCCUAUCUUUACCUUUCAAAUAUACGAGCCGUUGAUGAGGUUAGUUAAAUCUAAAAAAAUGAUGGAAAACUUGCCAUUUGUUGGAGGAAAGUUGUCCUUAGAAGCAAAGAAUUCGGACACUUAUAUGUCGAGCAAGAGCGCUUUAAAAAACAUAUUGGAAGACCUUCCAAGGGAACAUUAUAGGGUGUUAAGAGUACUGAGUGAACAUAUAGAAAAGGUUACACGGUACAGUCACUGGAAUCGAAUGACGCUUUAUAAUUUGGCUUUAGUUUUUGCUCCAGGUUUGAUUCGUGAUUUCAGUGGAGAAAAGGAUAUUAUUGAUAUGAAAGAAAGAAACUAUAUUGUCGCAUUUAUAUUUGGGAACUACAAAGAUAUCCUGACGUAG